GAAAAUGUUUUCCUAUUUUGCUAAAAAGACGAUGAAUAAAGUCUGUAAUAAAAAUAAUAAUGGCUCCAGUAGUUUUGUUGAUGAAACACAAAACAAUUUUGAGAUAUGUGAUCAAAUAUUGGAGAGUAACAGAAUACGAAAUGAGCAUGCAAAGGAAACAUCGGAGGAAAGUCUACAGGAGUUUCAAGAGUUCUUAAAACGUGUUCAGACAUUGCAGAUGUCGCCGAGCGACGAAUCACAACAACAAGAACAACAGAAGCAGCAACAGCCAUUGGUAUCUGAUAUUGAGGUCGGUGUCGAGCCAACAAAUUCAAUGGAACAAGAUGAGAUGAAUGCUAUAUCAAGUUGCAUUCAAAGAAGAAUCAAUGAGAAAUCAACAACGAACAUUCGUGUUAGUGUUGGCAUUGAUAAAGAUUUGGAAAUGAUACUUGAAAUGGACCCAAGCAUCGUUGAUUUGGGUGAUAUUAACCUUAAGGAACCAACAGAUACUCGCGUUUUUGGCCUGCCUCCACUAACGGGUGGACCAACUUUUAAAACUGCAAUACCGACGUCUCGCACACAAUUAAAGCUUCAACUCCAACGUGAACAGCAGCAGCAGGAACAGCAGCAAAUACUAAUGCAGCAGCAGCAGCAACAACAUAUGAAUAGGCAGGAUCAAACAAUGCUUAAUGCGUUCGGGAUGUCCACGGCAGGCUUUCAAUAUGACGCAACUAGCGGCAGUAAUAGAAGCAGCGACUGCGGCAGUGGUAGCCUAAAUCAAAAUCAGCAACAGAAACAGCAUCAGCAGCAUCAGAAUCAGCAGCCUGGCCAGAAGGAUAGGCUAUCAGUAUCUAGUCCUGUUGCGCUUAAGGUUCCUUUGCAGAGUAUAGGCGUGGAUGUGCCUCCUCAAGUACUACAGGUGAGCACCGUUCUAGAAAAUCCAACGAGAUAUCACGUCAUCCAGAAGCAAAAAAACCAAGUGAGACAGUAUCUCAGUGAAUCGCUCAAGCCUUCCAUCUGGGAAUGCCAAAAUUUCAAAAAUAAAGCUGCAACUAACUCGGCUUCAACAGGCAAUUUACAAUGUGCUUCAGACGUGAAUGACAGUAAUGUUCAUAACGAAAGACCAAACAGUUUCGGAGGUGGUGACACUGCUUCGAAUAUUAUUGGCAAAACCUUAAUGCAUUCCGAGGAAUCGGCGCUUUUGUCGCCGUUUGGUGGAAAUUGUAGCUCAAGUUUUUUUGGAAAUGAUUUGGAUGGCCAAAGUGUUAGCGAUCAGCCAAAAAGUUUUUUUAACAAACCCAAUUCAAAUGGAAACUCAUCUAUAACGGGGCGAACCUCGGGAAUUAUCAACACCAUGCGCAACUCUAACCUUUCCGGCGCAAGUACGGCGAGUCCUUUGCAAUCAGUGUCAGCUCCAAUGUCGCCAAGCCUGAGUUCUGUGGCAACAAGUGCAUCAGAGCUCCCUUCGUUUGACAGCGAUGCAGAAGAUCUCUUCGAUGACAUACUCCAAAAUGAUUCCUUUAAUUUCGAUAAAAACUUUAGUUCGGAGCUGUCUAUUAAGCAGGAACCACAAAAUUUAACUGAUGCAGAAAUAAAGGAUAGACAGAAGAAGGAUAAUCAUAAUAUGAUUGAGCGUCGUCGGCGUUUCAACAUAAAUGAUCGAAUCAAGGAGCUUGGCACUCUGUUGCCAAAGGGAAGUGAGGCGUUCUAUGAGGUUGUACGCGACAUACGACCCAAUAAGGGAACAAUUCUAAAGUCUUCGGUUGAUUACAUCAAAUGCCUAAAGCAUGAAGUCUCGCGUUUAAGACAAAACGAAACCCGUCAACGCCAAAUGGAGCUACAGAACAGGAAACUCAUAUCUCGCAUACGGGAAUUAGAAUUGCAGGCAAAAUCGCAUGGCAUUUCUCUCUCUGAUUACAACCUGACAUCUGUAUCAGCUCCCACGCCACCCAUCUCGUAUCUUAAGUGCUCCAGCCCGUCACCAACAACUUCAUCUGUUGGACACAAUCAUCAAACAGCGGCGUCCCUAAUGGAGGAUGUUAUGGAGGACAAGCUUCCGUUGACCAACAGUGAUCUUCCAAAUAUGGGCUUGAAUCAAAUCGAUGAACUGAUGGAAGAUUGUAAACACCCGGUCCAGGGAGGUGAUCCGAUGUUGUCUUCACAUAGCAGCCAUUCGCCAGUUGCCACGCAACUUCAGUGCAAUAGAGAGGCUGCCAUUUAUAGUACCACAGCAGCAGGUGGUGCGGAUUUGAAGCGUACCGGCACGUGCACCGGCAGCAGCAGCAGCAGCAGCAGCCGUGGUGAUAACAACAGCAGGUUUUGUACCCAUUCGGAACACUCGCAUUCGUAUUCGCACCGAAGACAAGGGCAUCAGCAUUUGCAUUCACAUCCCCAUCAUAGAGGCCAUAACGAGCAGAGUUCGUCAUUUGGCAUGCUAAACAACGAUUGCGAUGGCUCUGGGCACGAUCCGCUACUAUCUUCAUCACAGCAACCACAGGGUACUGUUGACGUAGACGAUCAUCAUUCGGUGGACCUCUCUGCAGUGAUGAUAAACGAUCAUUCACUUUCUUCUUUAGUGGAUGAGUCCCAAGGCGAACCCAUGCUAUUGGCACCCGAUUCCUUAGAUAUUGACCUUUGAGAAAAGCAAUUGAAAUUAAAUAAAUUGCCAAGCAUAGCAAACGCAUCAGCACAGUUCAAACAGUGGAGGAGUAGCUUAGUAUUAUUGCUUGCAUUAUAAAAUGCUUGAUUAUAUUUUGUAAUAAGAAGUAUUAUUGAAAAAUUUGUUAUAUAAAUGCAAUUGUUAUAUGUUUUUUGAUCACAAAGCAAUCAAACAUGUGUGUACAAUGUGUAUAUAUGUUAUGCAGCAAAUAUUCAAAUUGUAUGCAAGAUUUGCAUAUGCUACAUAAGUACAUAUGUAUCAAUGUUUGUGUCUCCAGCGUAUAAAUAUCUGUAUCUAUACGAAUGCAUUCCGCUUGCCAGUUUUAUUUUGAUUUUUCCUGUACUUAUUUACUUACAUUUGAUAUAUAGAAAAAUCAAAAAAUAUUAUAAAGGUAAUAUUUUUAACAAUUUCUAUGUCGUCAUCCAAAUAACCUUCGUCGUAUAGAUUUUUUUUCUGAUAAUGUGCAAUAAUCAUUGGAUUGAUAUAUAUCUACAUUUAUGUUUUAUUGCUCACAUACAUUCACUCACUGUACAUACACUUCUAGUUUUGAUUGCUGCGAAUCUUACUGUUUUUUCUUUGUAUGCGUAAUUUAAAAUUGUUGAUUAAAAACUGUUAAAUACAUAUAUAAAAAUGAAA